AUGAGAACUUUUCAUACACCUCUUACUAUCAUCGAAACGCUCGCCAAGUCUCAUGGGGAUGCUGCGGCAGUGAGAUAUCUGUUGCCAGAAUCGCCUACUGACUACAAGACUAUCACAUAUGCUGAAUACUGUAAUGAUGUUGAAAAUGCGGCGAAAGCGUGGUUGUAUGUUUUAUCACAGGCUGGCAUUGCGAAAGGUGCCGUAGUGGGAAUUUGGAUGAGAGGAUGGUCAUACCAGGAUCUCUUACACUAUCUGUCUCUUCAAAGAGCCGGCUUCAUCCCGCAACUUUUCUCACUUCGCAUGACGAACCCAUCGGUAGUCUAUGAACUCCUGGGCAAGAGCAACGCUGCUGCAUUGAUCCAUGAUGCUGGCUGUGAAUCUUUGGUAAAAGACUGCCCGCUUCCAACAUUUCUCAGCGAAAGGGACCAAGAAAAAGCUGCGCCGCACAAUGUUGAGCUUGAAAAAGCGACUACUGCUUUAAACGGCGAUAAAGUCUCGGCCAUAUUUCACACCUCAGGCUCAACUUCAGGAAUUCCCAAACUGGUUCCAGCUACUGUAAAAUGGAUGGACUGCUUGAUUCGUAAGAACAAGCCAUAUACUCGCACCGGACCGCAGCCUGUGUACUGCCUCAUGGGUUCUCAUGCCCAUGUAGGCAACACCAUCAAUCUUACAGAAGCACUAGCUAACGCAGGCUGUUUGAUUAUGCCCAAGAGUAUUCCCUAUCCUACUUCUGAGUUGCAGAGUAUGAUUACCCACGGUAGAUUAACGGCCUUCAACAUCUUCCCAGCUCUUCUUUCUGUCUUCAUCCGGGAAGCACGCACCAACAACGUCUUACUUGAGCAACUUCAGAGUUUGCACCACAUCCUUCAUGCUGGACAAGUUCUGGAGCCGUCGGAUCAAGCGUGGGCUCAUGAACAAGGGAUUAAGCUUGUCAAUACCUACGGUUCUACAGAGAUUGGGCUAUCGAUGCAAGCAUCUGCCACUUCUCAACACCUCACUCCAUUUCCAGAGUCAGGUUGUGAAUUUAUUCCUCUUUGCGGAACUUCAUCUUCGUCGGAACAACUUGUUGAGCUUGUCAUACCCGCAGAUGCAGAUGACUGUCCUCAUCCAUCACUCAGAGAUAAGGCGGAUGGCAAGUUCCAUACUGGUGACCUCUUCCAACGCGUUGGAGAGAAUCAGUACUUAUACAAAGGACGAGUGGAUGACAGAAUCAAGAUGCAGUUGUCUUUGGUGUGUGACGCUGGAUCACUGGAGGCAGAAGCGAUGCAAGUCUGCAAGGUUGAUCUGAUCUCCGCUGUAUCCGUCAUUGGAUCUGGACGUCCCAGUCCAGCCAUUAUUGUCGAGCCCAAGAAUGACGAUAUAUUAGAAACAGGCGAUGACGAUUUGGCAAUGUUCAAGGAAGAAAUACUGCGCAGGAUAUCGCCGUUUCAUGCGCGAAAGUAUCUCCAUGAGCGAAUUGACAACCCGCGCUUGGUCUUUGUUGUACCCCAGGGGACACUGCCACGAACAGCAAAAGGAAAUAUUAUGAGGAAGGCGGUAGAAAACAUGUUCUCUGAUAAACUAGAGAAGAGCUUUGUGGCCAUUUCGUCUACGUAA